GCAGUGGGCGAUGCCAUGUUCUCUUAGGAGGCUCUUCGCAACCAUCUUGGUGCACUGCGAGCCAGGCGACGUGCGUGGUUUAUGGGAUAGGCACCUCGAUCCUAUGUCAGAUGACUAUCGUCGAUCACGCACGUCCCCUAUCGAGGUGGAGCAGAUGGUGUUGGUUGACAUUAGGGGUAUGUUGCAGUCCAUGGGUAAAGACAUUGUUGAUUUCGCUCUUCCAAGCAUAGAUGAUGCGUUUGACCCAACCGAGGGUGAGGCAAGAGAGGUCAUCGAGGAAUCAACUGUUGAGUUUGACGUGGAUGAUACUAAAUUUGCAUCUUCCCUGAACUUGGAGCAGAGGGCCGCAUACGACGAGAUACUAGCGGCUGUUGAACGCGGUGAUGGGGGUGUAUUCUUUGUUGAUGGCCCUGGAGGUACAGGGAAGACCUUUCUAUACAGGGCGAUGCUUGCCAAGGUGAGGAGCGAUGGCAAUAUUGGUAUCGCUACCGCGACGUCGGGCGUCGCCGCUUCUAUCAUGCCUGGCGGCAGGACUGCCCACUCGAGGUUCAAGAUCCCAUUGAGUUGCGAUGAUGGAGCCUCGUGCAGCUUCACGAAGCAGAGUGGGACCGCCAAGCUGCUUAGGAUGGCCUCAUUGAUAAUAUGGGACGAGGCCAGCAUGACGAAACGACAAGCGGUCGAGGCAUUGGACAAUAGCAUGCGCGACAUCAUGGGAAUACGCGACCGACCCUUUGGAGGAAAGACUGUUGUUUUUGGCGGGGACUUUAGGCAGGUGCUUCCGGUCGUCAGAAGGGGGUCGCGGGGCCAGAUAAUUGAUGCAACCCUACGAAGUUCUCAUCUAUGGAAGGGUAUGCGGCAGCUUCGGCUCAUCACCAACAUGAGGGCUCAUAAUGACACGUGGUUUGCAAAUUACUUGCUAAGGGUCGACAAUGGCACUGAGGAAGUCAACGAUCAAGGCAACAUACUACUCCCUGAAGACAUUUGUCUGCCGUCUACAGGCGAGGUUGACGACCUGGAGAAGCUUAUUCACCAUGUGUUUCCGAGUCUAGAUGACAACAUGUCUGAUUCAAAUUACAUGACAUCUCGAGCAAUCCUUUCCACGACAAAUGACAAUGUCGACAAGAUAAACAUCCGCAUGAUAGAGCAUUUUCAGGGAGAUGAAGUAAUAUACCAUAGCUUUGACAGUGCGGAGGACGACCCAUAUGGCUACUACGCUCAGGAGUUUCUGAAUGGAUUGACUCCUAACGGUCUUCCUCCGCAUGCACUCAAGCUAAAGCUGAACUGCCCUGUCAUACUUCUAAGGAACAUUGAUCCAGCAAAUGGAUUGUGUAACGGCACUAGGCUUGUUGUUAGAGGUUUUGAGAGGAACACCAUUGAUGCAGAAAUCGUGAUUGGACAACACGCUGGCAGGAGGGUCUUCCUUCCUCGAAUACCUCUCUACCCAUCUGAAAACGACAUGUUUCCGUUCAAGUUUAAGAGGAAGCAAUUUCCUAUAAGGCUUAGCUUUGCUAUGACCAUUAACAAGGCUCAAGGGCAGACAAUCCCGAUUGUUGGUGUCUACCUACCCAAUCCCGUGUUUUCUCAUGGUCAACUCUAUGUUGCUUUGUCUCGAGCCACCGCAAAGAGAAACAUAAAGAUACUCAUUCAGAAGGAGAAGCCGAAGGAGAAGUCCAACAAGCAAAAGGACAAUCCAAAGAAGCGAAAAAGACCGACCGUGUCAUUACUAACCUCGAUGAAGAACAUCGUCUACAAGGAAGUCCUUACAGGCUGAAGUCCGGUCUUAAUAGACCGGCAGGUUAUGUAAUGACACAACAUUUACUCUUGUGAUGGUCAAGAUUUAUUGUAAUUCGUUUUUUUACAUAUAUCUUUUUUAUUUGGUAUUUUGAUAGUUGGAGGUAUACUCCAUUUAGUUGAGCUACUAACUGCAUUUCAAUAAUCAGCCGUCAUGUUGGCACCAUCAUCGCUGUUAUAUCUUUUCUACUAUCGCAAUGUUUCUGGCAGUGUACAUGUCACCCACCGUAGUAUUUCAUGUGUAAUAUGUGAUUCAGAUAUAAUGAUUGGCCUGAAAAAUACCUGGAACAUGCAAUGAAACUUUUGUGUUACGGCAAGUGAUCAUAUCCAUUGUUAUUAUUUUGAUAUUUUGAUAAUAUGGUUGAAUGUAAAUUUAUUGGUGUCCUUAUUAUCCCUGUAUUAUUCUGAUAGGUCAGAAGUAUAGGAUUAUGAUUGGUCUGAAUUAUAAGACCAACACACGCAGAAGGGAAGUUUGUGUAGCUUUUCAAGAUAUAUUUUGCAUAUGUACAUCUAAUAGAUAAUAAAAUGGUAGCCUGCGUACUUGCAAAUAUGUUCAAAUGCCCGUGCGACUCUGGAGAAUGUGACAAUGCACGUGUCUGAUCGCUGAAGUGUGCAAUCUUUGGAAAAAAGAUUGAUUACUUGUAUUUUCACGCGUCUGAACUAAUUAUUUAUCAGUUCAGUUCAAGUUUCAUUUUUAUUUUUUGCAUUGGUUCAUGUACCUUCAUGAGUUUACUGCGGAUCUGAAAGAGUUCUAACCUAAAAAAUUGUACAAGGCUGCAUUAAUCUAGGACCUGGCGAGGAUUGGUUCAGAGAGCAAGCAUCGUUCUGCAAUAUCUUAAGGACGCUGGUUGGGCUGAGGGUGGUCGACUUAUAGGUUGCACCCAGCCAAGACGAUUGGCUGUGCAGCGUAGAUAUCCAUGAAGCCAGCCUCAUGACACUUGACGAAACACGUGCGUACGUCAAUGGUGUUGUUCAAGCUAGGAACAAUGGAGGCUAGAAGUAUCUGUGUACACAAGUGCACAAUUUGUCUUAGAUAUAAAAAUGUAUGAACGCUUUGCAUGCAACAUUUUGUUGCCAAUUGUCACAUUAUGAAGUGUUCGCUUAUGUCUUGGAGGUUUAAUAAUAUGUGAUAUUCAAUAAAAAAAUCUAUUUAACAGUGUCGUCAUAUUUCGGAGCCAUAUACUGUGAAGUUCUGAACUAUAUAUUUGACUAAUAUAUAUUUGAUGACCAAACUGUCAAUAAUGGACUUCAAA